AACGCUCACUCACACAUGGGUAAGACAGGGUCCUUCAAGACUCUUUCUAUCUUGGCUACCAAUGCCUCAUUAAGCUGCAAUGUGUUCUCUCUCUGAACAGACUCGAGGACACCAUCCUCACGCACCGCCAAUAUGCCUUACAAUAUCGCUAUGGUCAGCGAUAACUUCUACCCUCAGCCUGGAGGAGUGGAGAGUCACAUGUACCAAUUGUCCAGCAAACUCAUUGAUCGCGGACACAAAGUUAUCGUCAUUACACACGCCUACGCUGGCCGGACAGGUGUUCGUUACCUGACCAAUGGCCUCAAGGUUUACUACGUCCCGUUCUUCGUAAUCUACCGCGAAACCACCUUUCCGACCGUCUUCUCCUUCUUUCCCAUCUUCCGCAACAUUGUAAUUCGCGAGAGUAUCGAAAUCGUACACGGACAUGCUAGUCUCAGUAGCUUGUGUCAUGAGGCUAUCUUGCAUGCGCGGACAAUGGGACUGAGGACCGUGUUUACAGACCAUAGUCUGUUUGGCUUCGCGGAUGCUGGCAGCAUACUUACGAACAAGCUGUUGAAGUUUACUCUUAGUGAUGUGGACCAUGUGAUAUGUGUCAGCCAUACCUGCAAAGAGAACACAGUCCUUAGGGCCUCCUUGGAUCCUCUCAUGGUCUCAGUUAUCCCCAAUGCAGUCGUCGCCGAGAACUUCCGCCCUCUCUCAUACGAUGCAAACGACUCGACGCAAACCAAAGCACCUGGACCACGGCAGCCAAUGGGACCAGACGACAUCAUUACCGUCAUCGUAAUCCAACGACUGUACUACAACAAGGGUACCGAUCUGCUGGUGGCUGCUAUACCUCACAUCGUCGCUGCAAACCCAAAUGUUCGUUUCAUCAUCGCUGGCAACGGGCCCAAGGCCAUCGAUCUGGAACAAAUGAUAGAAAGAAACGUGUUACAGGACAAGGUACUCAUGAUCGGCCCUGUCCGUCAUGAAGAGGUACGGGAUGUCAUGGUUCGAGGUCACAUUUACCUCUGUCCAUCGCUCACCGAAGCCUUUGGCACCGUCAUCGUAGAAGCUGCGUCUUGUGGGCUUUACGUAGUGGCUACACGAGUUGGGGGUAUACCAGAAGUGCUUCCGACUCACAUGGUUGAGUUCGCAGCACCUGAAGAGGAUGAACUUGUUGAAGCUACUGGACGCGCAAUUGCAAAGCUACGAGCCGGGAAAGUUCGGACUGAACUUUUCCAUAACCAGGUCAAGCAGAUGUAUUCUUGGACUGACAUUGCACAACGAACCGAAAGGGUAUAUGAUGGUAUCAGCGGCGUUAUCAGUCACAGUGAGUUCUACCAAGGUGCAGGAGCAGCUGGCGCAUGGAGCGCCACUCGAGGCAGAGCUGGUGUGCAGAGCUUUGCACUUAUUGAGCGCUUGAAGAGAUACUUUGGGUGUGGAAUCUGGGCCGGAAAGCUCUUCUGCAUUUGUGUCAUUGUCGACUAUCUGUUUUACCUGAUUCUGGAGAUUUUCGCCCCCAGGUCACGAAUCGACAUCUGCAAGGAUUGGCCCAAAAAGAUGAUGCAAUCGAAAGGAGACAUGUACAAGAGGCUUGGAAACGAUGCAGGCGAAGGGAGGGACACGCUUCCCAGGAAGAGAAGCUCUAGGCAUCGUAAACCGAAGCGAGAAGAGUCGGACGAGAGCUAGCAGAUGAAGAAGAAACAAGACCUGUCCAUAACAA